GGGCGGCCAUGUCAGUCAGUGAGGGGAGGAGUUGUUUAAUGAGGGUUUGAGCGGCUGUUCAGCGGCGCUGUGUGUGUGUGUGUGGGUCAGUGUCGGGGGGGGAGGGGUCAGUCAUGUCCAGUGACGAGGAGGAGAAGCGGCGGCGGGAGGAGGAGGAGGAGGACGAGGAGGCGGCGGCGGCGGCGGAGUCCGGGGCUGUACUCGAGCCCGAGGCUUUGGGGCCUAAACUCCAGCAGCUGCGGUUGGAGCCCGAACCCGCAGGAAAACCCGCGGCUUCGCGGCCUACACCGGAAAAGGCGGUCGGGCCCGCGGGCCGGAGGACACCGAGCGGCGGGAGGAGACCGGCAGGAAAGCCCGAGGCCUCGCGGGCCGCCCGGGGCCCGGGGCCGGAGCUGGACCCGGGGCCGGCGGGGCUCGGGGGGGAGGCGGCCGGGAUCCCGCUGCUCCGCGAGGCCUCGGGGCCGCGCUCGGGACCGGCCGCCUGGGCCCGGCGGCUGCGGGAGGAGUACGCGGCGCUGAUCCGCUACGUGGAGCUGAGCCGCGAGGCCGCGGGCGGGGCCUCGGGCCCGGGCGGCGGGUGGUUCCGGCUGGAGGCGAGCGCGGACGGGACGCGCUGGUCCGGGCGGUGCUGGGCCGUGCACCGGCUGCUCCGCUACGGCUUCCGGCUGCAGCUGACGGUACCCGCGGCCUAUCCCGCCGCCGCCCCCGAGCCCGCGCUCCCGGGCCUGGACGGGAAGACGGCCAAAAUGUACCGCGGCGGCCGCGUCUGCCUCUCGCGGCACUUCCAGCCGCUCUGGGCCCGGCACCAGCCCCGCCUCGGCCUCGCGCACCUCCUGGCCCUCGGCCUCGCGCCGUGGCUCGCCGUCGAGGUGCCCGAACUCGCCGACAAGGGCCUCAUCGCCCCCGGGGACGAGGACUGAGGGCGAACGGAUCGAUAAUCGCCGAUCACCUCCAUCGACCGGGACUGAGGAGGGGGUGUGGGGGGUGGGGGGGGUUUGGGGGGUAAUCGAUAUUCACCCUCUGCUCAACCACUGAUCGAUACCCCGCAGUUAAAUCAUCGAUGAGGACUGAGGCUGCGGAUCAAUAUUCAUCCCCUUCUCUAUGACUGAUCGAUACACCCAGAGGCUGAUCAAUACCCCCCACUCCUCACCCCCAGCGACAAGGACUGAGCCGGGCUGAUCGAUAGAUACUGAUCAAUAUUUCCCCCGCUAUCUCCUCCUGAUCACGGAUCAAUACUCCCCCCCCACCCUCCCUCUCUCGCCCUGAUCACACGCAGCAGCAAGGACUGAGGGUGGGGGAGGGAGAGGCUGAUCCAUAUCCAUCCCCUUCUAUGCCCCCAAUCAAUCAUCAAUACUUUCCUCUGAUCAUUGAUCAAUACUCCCCUCAACCACUGAUCAAUACCUUGCUAGAAAUUGAUUAAUACUGACCCGGAUCACUGAUCAAUACUCCCUUCCCCAAGAGGCUGAUCACAGAUCAAUACCGGCAAACACUAAUCAGUACCCCACCCCUCAUCGCUGAUCAAUCCCCCGAUCAUCGAUGCGGAUGUGGGAGAGAGCUCCGGAGACUGAUCAAUACUCUGAUCACUACAGCCCUUAGUUACUGAUCACUGUCCCUGGCAACAGUCUUGGUGGCUGUGGUACCAGUCCUGGUCUCCCCGGCGACCCCCCUCCCUGGCGACCCCCCUCCCUGGU